AUGUCGUCCAUAUCUGACGAAUACGAUGCCCUUGAGGUGAUCGGAAAAGGGUCUUUCGGUACCGUCCGUAAAGUCAAACAUAAAGCCACCGGAGAAGUCCUGGUACGAAAAGAAAUCGAGUACACAUCCAUGAAUGCACAAGAAAAAAACCACAUUGUUUCUGAGUUGCGGAUUCUCCGUGAACUCAACCAUCCACACAUCGUCAAGUAUUCGAGACAUGAACAUGUAUCCGAGAAAAAAUCCAUUCAUAUAUAUCAGGAGUAUUGCGAUGGAGGAGAUUUGGGAAAGGUCAUUUCGAACUACAGAAGGAAUCGCGAGCUGGUUCCUGAAGAAUUCAUUUGGGAGGUUCUCGUUCAGACACUUCUAGCGUUGCACAGAUGUCACUAUGGAAUCGAGGCACAAAAUGUAGACCUCUUUCUGGCAGCAGCAGAUCGGUCGGAGCCAGCAGUGAACUCCGAGACGGUUGUUAUACAUCGUGAUAUUAAGCCUGAUAAUAUUUUCUUGCUGGACAAUGGAAAGAUCAUCAAGCUUGGAGACUUUGGCCUCGCCAAAAUGCUCACGUCUCAAAACGAUUUUGCAAAAACAUACGUUGGCACUCCAUACUAUAUGUCUCCAGAGGUUUUGAUGGACAAUCCUUACUCUCCAGUGUGUGACAUAUGGUCACUUGGAUGUGUGCUCUUCGAACUCUGCAAUCUUCAACCUCCGUUCCAGGCAAAAACACAUCUACUGCUACAAAACAAAAUCAAGCAAGGUCAAAUACCUGAAGUUUCACUGCAUUACUCGCUACAGUUGCGUACAAUUAUUACGAAUAGCAUCACAGUAGACCCUAAUCUACGUCCAAACACCUUCGAGCUACUCAAUUCCAUUCCUGUGAAAAUGUUUCGCAAGGAAAAGGAACUCAAAAGCUUGAGCACCACGCUCACUGCAUUCCACACACAACUUCUGAUAAAAAGCGAGGAGUUGCAACGAAAAGAGCUGGCAAUCAAGACGCUCGAAAACCUGCAAAACCAGACAAAAAUGCUGAAGCAAGAGUUCGACUGCAAAUUGCAAAACCAAAGACAAGAAAUGGAGCGUCAGCUUCAGAGCCAGCGUCAAGAUUUCGAGCGUAGACUUACAGUAAUGAAGCAGGAGUUCCAACGCGAGAAAUCCCUGCAAAAACGGGAAUACGAGGACAACAUAUCUAGGAUCCAAAAAUUGUAUUCCUCAAAGCAAGAUCAGAUGGAACGAGAAUUAGUCGAAGAAUUCGAAGCCCGGAAACGGGCAAUGGACCAAGAAGCAAACGAAUUGAGACUCAAUUAUCAGCGAGAGUUUAGCCAUGUUGUUGAGCAAGAAGUGCAGACUCGCGUUAUGGAACAGCUUCGGAAACGUGGACAGGAAUACAAAGUUGAUCUUCACCGUAAAAAAUCUGAUUCAUCUGCCACCUCAUUUGAAAAGCAAAUACGAUAUCAGGCUCCCAGCAAACCGAAAGGACCAAGAGAGUACAGCGAAGAGCCUGAACAGCUCGCUCAAAAUUUCAAGCAGCUAGCGGUCAAUGGCACAAAUGGGCAACAACGCCGAAGUCCUUUAAAGACAAAAAAUGUUGAGUACGUCUACGAGCAGGUAUCGCCGACACGCCCGAAAGUGGUCAAGAAAAGAAUCACUGACGAGGUACAAAAAAUGAAUCUUCAGAAAAGAAAUACUCCGGUCUUUGAAGAAGAGUACAAUAGACAAAAUUACAGACACUGA